CCACCACCAGCACCACUACUACCGCCGCCGCCGUCGCCGCCGCCGCCGUCGCUGCUGCUGCCGCUAGCAAGGCCUCGCAGAGGUGUCCACCUCGUGGCAGCCGACACUUCCUACCGGACGGUGGUAGUGUCCAGGCGCGUUGGACGCACGAGCUGUGGUAACCGGUCGGGGGAAGAACGUGCCGAUGGCUGUUGGUGGUGGUCGUACCUCGUCGAGCAGGCAAGGGAAGUUGUCGAGUUAAGAGCAGAGUAAAGAAGAAGGGGUAGAAAGACGGACGUAGAAGAGAGGGUGGGCGAAAGGGACGGAGAGACAGCGAGCUCGAACCCUUCUUACCUUCCGCAGUCGACGCGUGUCAUCGCUAAUAUAGCGUGCGCGCUUUCGUUUAGAGGGUUUCUUCCCUUCGCGCGUAUAGUAUCUCGUGUAAUAUACGCGGGAUUCCUCUCGAGGCCUUCACCCUCAACGGCGCGUCACGCGUCACGGGUGCUACUACGCGACGAUACUCUGGUGCGUGUGUCACGUGAAAGGAGCAGCACGCGCCAAAGCAGGGUCGUCGUCCUACGGCGGCAGCAGGCUCGCGCUCUCUCUCUUUCUCUCUCGCGUACGUCGCGAAUCCGAAAACGGAGCGCAUCCACGCGCGAGAACGGACUAUCGUCGUCGUCAUCGUCGUCGUCGUCGUCGUCGUCGCCGCCUCCACCGCCGCCGCUGCUACACACACCCAGACUGCGACAUUUCGCGAGGGACAUUCGUGGUCCGCGGUGAUAGCGCUUCCUCGUGCGUCGAUACUGUCACCGGCGAGAAAAAGCGCACACGGCGACGGUGGUCAGUCGCGUGCGUAUUCGACUCUUCGGAGAUCGUAGAGGAAGAAAGAGAGAAGAAGACGCUGAGAAAGCUAGAGAGAUAGAGAACAACGGCUCCGACGGCCCGAAGGGACAAGUCUCAGUGGUUGGUUGCUUGGUUGGUUGAUUGGUGCUGCGUGUGCCGGUGGCUAGUGGUGGCCCAGCCCGUACCCAGAUCGCGGUAAUGCCUCGCAGCAGCGGUGCCGCCAGGUCGCACGGUGUCGCAGGCAGGAGGGACCGAGACGCAGGUACUGGCGUGGGUGUAGUCGCCGUGGGCAGGAUACGUUGACGAGUGCAGCCGACCCCGGUAGCACGGCGGCCGUCGUCGCUGCUCCCGCAGGCCAUGUAUCGCGAGCCGGCGAUCGACCGUGCCGGCGGCGGCUGCAGUGCCGGCGACCCGCGCCGGGCUAAAUCACCACGUCGACGUCGCGCAUCGUCCUCCGCCGCCGCAUCGGCCGCCGAUCUGCUCGAGAACGCGAGCGACGGCGAAGAGGAGCCCUACGGUGAAGUGGUGCAGCAGCAACAGCAGCAGCAGCAGCAGCAGCAGCAAGAGGAGGAGGAGGAGGAGAAGGCCUAUGUCGUCCUCGACGUGCUCCGCCGGCGACCGUGUGCCACGAGGGUGUGCUGCGACGACGAUUCUUGCUGUCGCGCCGCGCAGAGACCCGGCAGAAGACGACGCGUCUCGGGAAAUGCGCUCAGGAUACUCCUCGCCGUCACCGCCGCUGCCUUCCUCGCGCUUGCCGUCUCACCAGUGUCUGGUACGACGAAUAAGGAAGAGGAAGAGACGGCGGUGACUCCGGUCACAGAGGGUAGCGCCGUGCUUUUGGGCACGAGAAUCAGGACAGACAGCGAUCCUGGAGGAAGUAUAGAUCUACUGGCAGCCCUGCAGCUGCACAAUACUACACGGCAGGGCGUUUCGCAGGUGCAGGGUCUGGUUAGGUUGAAACCAGCCUAUUAUCUUCAGGGCGAGGAGAGGGAGCUCCGACUGAACGAGGCGAGCUUCGAACGGGCGGCCGCGCUACUCCGGCGGGUUCCGGAAUUCACUAUAGCCGCCGCGCUGCGCCAGGAGAAGGCCAAUUCCGGGACGAUCGUCGCCUUUUCGCACGGGAGCAAUAGGUAUUUGGAGCUGCAGAGCAGCGGUCGCAAGAACGAGCUUCGACUUCAUUACGUAUCACGCCGAGACGGAACCGUACACGUCGAGGCAUUCCCUUUUCGAGUGGCCGACGGCGACUGGCACAGGGUCGCCUUGAGCAUAAGCGGCUCGCAGGUCGAGCUGCUGGUCGACUGUCACCCCUUGUACAGGCGACUGCUGAGGCCCGGUCCACCCGACACCAAUUUCACUCUGCCGCAGCUCCAGCUCUGGGUUGGACAGAGAAACGUCAGGCACUUUCUCUUCAAGGGUGCUUUGCAGGACGUCAAGCUGAUACCAGGACCUCACGGCUAUCUCUCCCAGUGUCCCCAGCUCGACUCGUCCUGUCCCACGUGCGGUCAAUUUUCGAUAUUACAGAACACCGUGGAGCAACUGAUGCACAAUCUCAACGAGCUGACGCGUAGGCUAGCCGCUGCAGAGGGCAGAAUAAGCAAAGUGGAGGAGUGCGAGUGCCAAAAGUCGUGUAGGGUGAACGGCACCGUCCAUGAGGACGGCGCGACAUGGCAGGAGGACUGCGAGCAGUGCUCUUGCGUUCACGGCGAAAUCAAGUGCAAGCCGAUACCGUGCGCUCCGACCGACUGCAAGCACCCUAUCCUUCCUGAAGGACAGUGUUGUCCGGUUUGUCUCAGACAGUGUUACUUGCACAACGUAAUGUACGAUCACGGUGAGAAGGUCUCGCCGAGACAGUGCAUCGAUUGCGACUGCCAGGACGGUAGCUUCAUCUGCAAAAGAUACGACAACACAACCAUGUGCCCACCACUGCCGUGUCCACCCAACGAGCAGAUCAGCGUGGCGGAGGAGUGCUGCAAGUUUUGCCCAGGGGUGGACUACUGCGCGAAGGGCCACAAGUGUCACGCUAACGCGUCCUGCCUGAACCUCCAGACGACCUACGCCUGCCAUUGUGAUAUCGGUUUCCAGGGGAAUGGUGUUAACUGUCACGACGUUGACGAGUGUAAGCAGCAAGGUGGACUGGACGGUCACCAUUGCAACUCGAAUACGAAGUGCGUCAACGUCAUCGGCUCUUAUACGUGCGAGUGUCUUCCGGGUUACCAUAGACUCGACAAGUUCAACUGCGCCGAGCUGAACGAGUGCACGACCGGUCAUCACACGUGCGACGAGCACGCCACGUGCGUCAACACUGCCGGGAGCUACUAUUGCGUCUGCAAAGACGGUUAUACCGGCGAUGGUUACACAUGCAAACCCGUGUGCAAUCAGACUUGCCAAAACGGUGGGGUGUGCGUGGCACCCGGUCGGUGUUCCUGCCGGCGCGGUUACAUCGGCAACAGCUGCGAGCUCGACCUAGACGAGUGCGCGAGCGAGUUGCACCGCUGCCACGAGUCGUCCACGUGCUUCAACAUGCCCGGCUGGUACUAUUGCCGGUGCAAGCCCGGUUACAGGAGCGCCCUGCACGACAGCACUCAGGGCACGCAGUGUCUUGACAUCGACGAGUGCAACGACGAGACGGUCGAGAGGAGGCACACGUGUCACCACACCGCCAAGUGCGUCAACACCGAGGGCGGCUACGAAUGCGUGUGCCCGCCGGAGAGGGAGUCGAACGAGUCCGGAGAGGAGUGCAGACUUAGCUGCUGGUACGAUGAGCGCGAAGUCAACAACGGCGACACUUUCACGCCGGCCGAAAACACCUGCAGGAGAUGCACAUGUGAAGACGGCGUGAUCACUUGCAAGGAUCCUAUAUGCGACUGCAGCGCACCAGACAGUCAAAGUGACGCGUGUUGUCCUCAGUGCAAUCCCAAGGCGUCCUGCAAGCAUCAGGAGCUCCAUCACCUAGUCUUCAGAAGCGGAGAACGUUGGAUAUACCAGUGUCAGACAUGCGAGUGCCUGUAUGGCGAUAUAGACUGCUGGCAGAUGGAGUGUCCACCGGUGACCUGCUCGAAUCCCGUGACCGAGGAGGGCGAUUGUUGCCCGCGCUGCGAGGAUGAUCCCUGCGGUCGAGAGGUGCCGGCAAACGGCACCUCGCUCACGGUUCCUAGACCGUGCAGCUACGGCGGCAUUAUCCACGACGGCGGCAGCUCCUGGCAGGACAAGUGCACCACGUGCGAGUGCAAGGUGCCGUACUGCGCCCAAUUGGUGAGCAAUAGCGCGUGUUGUGUGCAUCGGACGGGCAGCUUUGCUGCAGCUACGAUUACGGCUGCGCUAGCGGUGUGGGCAACAACAAGCAGCAACGUUCUCCAGUCGCUACUCCUGAGUCUCACGUACGCCAUCCAUCGGACCCUGUGGGGUUGCCGCUGGGCCACAGUGCACCGGAAACAGAUUUAUCAGCGGUCACCGGCACAUCCGGCACCACACGCACCACCGACACCACCGCCACGAGCACUACCUCCACCGUCUCGUCGUUCCCGUACCCGUCAUCCUCCAGCAUCAGCAACGACAACCUCAGGAAACCUCGCGCGAGCCCGCGCGACUCGCUCGCCACGCUACGAGUUCAGCAGGGAGACGACCGUCUCGCCAGGUCGUAUCAACAAGUAUCGCCAAACACGAGAUACCAGCACCCCGUCGGGAACUCGUCGACGUCGUCGGCGGCGUCAGAGCGGUCCUCGGCGUCGUCGGCGACGACGACGAGGACACCGUACGCGACGUUCACCGACGGACACAGGUCGCGACGCCAAUCAAGAAGCGCCAUCGGCCGCCGCGGCGACGCUUCUUUCUCCUCUUCCUCGUCAUCGUCGUCACCAACCUUCGCGGUGCUUUUGGCCACUUCGGCGAUCGACGAACCUGGCCCAUCGCCCGCGAACGUCGCCGUGCAAAUGCGCCAACUGGUCGAUCGUCGUCGCAAGGGCAGCAGGAAGUCCGUUGUCCUCGACAGCGCCACUUGAGGGCCGUGGAUCUAGAGGAAGAUAGAAAAGGAAGAACCCGACAUUUGGCAAGGCAUUCUAGAGCGCGUGAAGAAGGGAUAUCGUCCCGCAUAAGGGUGACCCGUGGAGUCUCCCGGUGUCACCCGACGCGCGUCGUCCGUCUGUGUCGUUGGCGGGGAAGGUAAGAGGCGAGAUCGACAGUUCGCAAGGAAAAGGAGGAGGAAGAGAAGGAAAAUGAAGCGAGAAGUAGGAGAAGAAGAGGAGGAACGAGAUCGACGGGACAAUCGACGCUCGCGGAGGGUCGACGUCCGCCACGCUGCCACGAGGAAGACUCGUUCCUGCUUCCGGAACCCGUUUUCCGUAAUCCGCAUCCGGUAACCUCGAGGAGCGGUGGUCACCUCAUCAACGGAGCUAGAUCUAACAAUCGUUGCUGUGACCUUGGCCCUAGUCCCUAGGCUCUAGAUACUAUCCCUAAGAUCGAGAUCGCCGAUGCCGUCGAGCUCGCGCCAUUCGCGAUCGAGUCGCGGGCGAAGCCAUGUAUUCGCCGUUACAGCGACACACGUCGAGAUCUGCCUGGACUUUAAACGGGCCGGAUUUCUGGCUGAGAAGACGGUGAGCACGUGCGCGUCCAAGACAUUCGCUUUUCCGCUUGAGUCGCUCGCUCGAGUUGCGGUGAUCUUCACCUUGAUCGUCAUUGCGAGACGAGCGUCGAGACGCGGUGCCGAUCGCGCUUCGGGAGACAAUCGGUGCGAGAGAGGAAGGAAGGAAGAAAGAAAGUAAGCGACAUAUUGUGCGACAAUCUGAAUCGCGAGACGAAUAUUUCGUAAGUGGUUCUCUUCAGGUGGUGAAUCCGGAAAAAUCGAUGUGCGUAACUUCAGAUCAUUAUCAGACGCACUCUAAAUGUCGAAAUUUCUUAUUACUUGUACAACUUAUCACACAUGUAUAUCGAUUCUUAAAAGAGCCAUUUGCAUACUUCCCUGAAUGCAUCGAUGCAAUGAACGAAAUUAGUUGUCACUUUAUUAUAUAUGUAUGGAAUUUCCGGAAGGCAGAUUUGAAAUAAUGCAUCGGAAAGAGCCGAGAGCUAUUUUCUGUCAUUAUCACACGAUUGUAUAACGUUAUUACGCAAAAAAUUUACGGCCCUGUUCAAAACGGUAAAUAUAAACCGAUAACAUUACACAAAGUACUUGAAUUUCAGUCUAAAUCAAUGUGUAUCAAUAAUAUGAUGGUUUAAAUUGAAAUUCAGACUGAACGUGAUCUCAUCGCUUUGUACCUACCCUUUUAAGGAAGAGAACACACUUAGUACACUGAAAAAGAAAUACUUGAAAAUUUAUUUUUAUUCACAGAAAUAAACUGUCCCACAAAUAAAUUUUCAAAUAUUUUUCUCUCAGUAUUUAAUCAAUGAAAACAUUGUUAUAUAAAAUAAACAAAUCACAAUUGGUACAGACUUGAAACAUGUCACUUUGUCACUCAUUAUCACGCUGAAUGCUUUAUUGCAUCACGCGUGAUGUUGAGUAUGUUAGUAAAUAUUUCGACAAAGUAUUGUUAUUGUUCAUAAAGAUUACAGAUAUCGCAAGCAGUACUUUCACACACGUUACGUACUAUAAAACUUUACCGUAUUAUAAAACUUCCAAAAGUCGCAGCCAUACGAAAAAAUGCGCGGUGAAUAAUGCGACUCUUGGAUAAAUUAUUAAAUCACGACAAAUAAGCGGCAUGACAAAUUGCUCCGGUCGUGAGAUACUUGUAAGUUCUAAACCGAAGUGUCUCGAAUCCACCUUCCACUCAGCAACGAUUGUCAAUCGAAGACGUCGUGCGUCCUCCGUGGAUCGAGCAUGAUCGAGCGAACCGAGGGCGCAGAUUCGCUUUUGCAGAACUCCGCAAACUCCUUUCGCGUAUUUGAUUGAACAAGUAGCGCACAAUAUUUGGGCCUUAUAAAGUAAAUUGUUGAUGUUCCGCUAAACACGUAACUUGUAUGUAUUGUACGUAAGCGGCGGCGAAGCGGGGGCGAUAUGUGUAUUUGUCGUAAGGAAUUGAUUCCCGACCAGGGGAGGAUACAGAAAAUUACGCCUAUAUAUAAUAUAUGUAUAUGUAUAUAUUCUUCAUAUAUAUAUACAUAUAUAUGAAGUAAAGAAGGAACGUGUGUACUGUAUUCUACCGAUAUACGAGUGAUUCUCACGAAUACACCGACAACGGUGUUAUCUCUAAGCGAACACCCCUGACUGUCGAUCGCCAACGCCGAUGGCAACGCGGGUGUCCGUUGACACUACCAAGCAUCCGCCAUACGGAGGAUCAUAUCUCGCGACAAUAUAGGCAACGUAGAGCCCCGGAGCAUAUACAAUCAUCGUAGCGCGUAUCUGACGAUGAAAUAGUUACGCUUGAGAGAGUAACGUUUAAGGGUAGUAGGAUAGGCGCGACCUUAUCUCCGGACGGAUUUCGUUUCAAUCCACCGGGGAUCCGAGGAUCCGUGCUCAGCUCGGUUCAGCUCGGUUCCCUCGCGUUUUCCUCAGCCACCCUCGCAAGAACCUAUGCUCGAUUCACGGCGCUCGAAUGAGGCGUCGGGCCGCGCCACCGAGGGACACAGUGGCUUUGUAACUUACAGUGUUUGUAUGUGUAUGUGUGUGCGUGCGUGGAUGCGUGUGUGUGUGUGUGUGUGUGUGUGUCGCCGACGGGAAAAAGCGUCGUAGAGGACUUCACCGCGGAUUAGGACCCGUUUACCGCGGCGAUCUCGUUCGUCGUUCACGGAUAAUGGAGCGUAGUGUCGUGCUCUCUAAAUUUCUUAGAAUAAAAUCUCGCUCGAAAUCAGUGAAAAUUCACUCAAAGCGCUUUUGAAAGUAAACCGCCUCUCCGAAUCGUAAGGGUGAGUGUUUAACUCAAAAUUAGGGCGGAUUCUGGACUCACACGAGUGGAUGUCUCGAUCGGCAAAUUUGUCCUUCUACACUCGUCUAGAUAGACAGGUGUACGCCAUUCGGUAUAAUGGCAUUUAAAUUUAAUAAAUAACAAAUGGAUUAGAUAUAACAUCAAAAACAUUAACAAAUAAAUUAAAUUGAGCAAAAUUAAACAUUUAUUGAGCCUGGCUCUAAACGAAUUUCUUUUGCAUUUCUUCAUGAAUAGUUUACGCCACUCAUAUUUAUCAUAUAAAAUGAUAAACUGAAAUAUGAAAGAAAUAUGUGAUCAAAAUUUGCUCAAAACAACAUGUCAUGUAAAAUAUAAUAUGAAAUACUGAACGUAAAUUUUAAUGAAUUCGUAUCCAUAUAACAAAAAAUGUACGUUAAUGUAUAAUAGUAUAUUCACUUCAAUGAAUGUAAUCAAAAAAAUUAUAAAGACGUAAUAUUUAUGUAAGUCUAUCUGGGCAUUUGCGGAACGAUUCGAUUAUUUUCGAGACUCAUCCAACAUCCAACGAAAGUACCUUAGCACAUUGAAGGAAACUUCUCCUUCGACAUCAGCUACUGAGAUUCGAAGAAAAAGUCAAAUCAUUCUGCAAACAAGUGCACAUCACAUUCACAUUUCAAUCUUCGAUGGAAAUCUUCACUCUACGAUUCAGAGAGCGAAGUACUAUAUAAGCGAAAAGUCGCUCGACUCCUCGAGUGGAAUUUCACUCGGAAACAAUUUUAGAGAGUAUUCAGCGCGUCUCCCGCUCCGCAAAAGGGGGAGAGGGGGAUCGGUGGAAAUACUCGAGCAAUCGCAGUUUGUAUCAACGCUGCCAGUUGCAUCGUGUUUUUGGUGACGUACAACAGACGUCCCUCUUCGACGAGGGCAAUCAACGGCAGUAGGGACGACGCGUGUCCGUGGUAUCUAUGUACACUUUGUGCGUGCACUGUACUUAAAAGGCCACUGUACCGAGGAGGAUUUACACGAGCCGUUUGCGAUCUUUCCGAUCCUCGCGUAUAAAUCGGCUAAAACCGUCGAAUGUACCUGCGGCUAGAGCUGACGGAUGUAACGCUGACGGAUCCCGAGCUUCCGUCUCUGAGCGCUGAGUAAUUAAUCCUCUCUCUUUCUCUCUCUUUCUUUCUUUCUCUCGAUGCUGACUUUCAGCGGACACUAAGCAGCGCGAGUUCACGAUCACGAGAAGGCAUACAAACCGACCGUUCCUCAGCACUUGGCCCGUCACGUACUUUCGUAACCGACGGAUCGGUUCUCGCGGAGCUGGAGUCACACACGAAGCGGACGAUCACCCAAGUACAGAACGCAAAACGCGAACUCGGGUCAUCGUCGCGAAGUGGCGCGCCAAGUUCGCGAGAUGUACGACGAGUAUUCACCUUGAAGACUUCAUUUGUUACCGUAUAUUUAUUUAAUAUAACGAGUCAAUAUAAAUUGACAAACUCCUCGAAGUGUCGAUUCUCCUCUGAGUUUUGUGUGUCAUUUGUCGUUCUCAUCUUUCUUCCUUGGACGACUCGCCCAUGUACUGUCAUACGUCCUGUCGUAUGCACGAUCGUCGUCGCUCUCAGAAUCUCAGAAUGAACGUAAGAGAUCCGCUCGAAAUCUCUCGUAAACGCGUACGAACAAACGAACGUACGAACACACUCGUACGUGAACACACGCGAAGCGAUCGCCGAUGGCACGUGUAGUCGUCUCGGCCCGAUGGACACUCGAAGCGCAUCCACGAACCGAGCGUAGCACGGAAGUCUAUUAACCAGAUCAGAAGUUAAGCGUUUAAUCUCGCCUACCAACAAUAGCCUAAGCGAUGUUAAUUAUAUCGAGAGAGAUAAUUGAAGACGCGAUAACACUGAGUCCACACAGGUGCACACACAGAUACAGGCAUACAAAGCACACACACACACACACACACAUAAAGUACACACAUUCACGUCCAUAAACACUCAUCUUAAGAAGGACAUUUUAGCCGUAAACGCGACGAAGGGCCUAGCUAUCGUAAUCAUCAAACUCCGAGCGACGCAUGGGGAGACUUGCGACUCCCUCGCUGUACCGUGAUUAGGGCCUCCCGUUAUAAUUAUCAGUCGGACACCCGGACGAUGAACGUGCCGGCUAGCUCGAACGAUUCUUUAUCUCGCUCAACCCAACACGACCACUACGACUACAUUCCUCUUUAACUAACAAUAAGUAGGCACUAAUGAGAGAAACAUAUAUAUAUAUAUAUAAAUAUAUAAAUAUAUAAAUAUAUAUAAAAAUAUAUAUAUAAAUAAAUAAAGAAAUGAAUAAAUUAAUGAAUAAACGCGUGUGGAGGGUGUUGCGCUACUUACACAACUGUGUCUCUCUCGGCCGUGAAUUCUUUGGCCAAUUCCACAGGACACUCCUCCAUUUUUAACCUCCAUUUUUAACAGUGAACAUCUCACAUGAAAGUUCUGUUCGGAUAUUAGCCCGAAAUCAAACAUAAAGCUGUAGUUAUUCGCCGAAAUCGUACUGUGUAAGCCGAAAACUGUUGAGAAACUCGGUGCUCUCUUAACGCGACGAACAAGUUAGCUGAAUUCGCCAAAGGAUUACCGAGAAGAAGACACGAGAGGGAAGUGAGAGAACACCCGCCGCGUAUAUUCGUAUGAUUAUAUAUAAAUACACACGGAACAUACGAAGGACACGUACACAUGUAACAUGAAAAUUAUAUGAGGGGAGAGAGGCGACACAAGAGGGAAGGAGUUAACUCGUAAUUAAGUAGGACGUAAUGAAUCUCUGGAGGCUGCUACGUAGCGUUCGUGAGAGAGAAAACGAGGGAGUCUCGCGGCAUCCGAGGACUCAACGGUAAUCCGUUCGUUGAAUGUGCAAUAAUUGGAUAGUAACGUGUAAACACCGCUUAAUUUGUAAUCUGACUAAUUGGUCGGGUCGACAGCUAUCGCGCCUCGUGGCCGGGUGGGCUUUUCCGUGGGAUGAGAAGAAGAAAAGGGAUUCGCAAGUGGAAAAGGAUCAUUUCUCUCUUCGGCUCGUAUUCGUCGAUUCUGCACUUCAUCGUAAGAUAUUAAACAUUGAAUUAUUUGCAGUCUGAUCUAUAGCAUAGUAUUGAGUUAUUUAUAGUCUGAUCUUAUAUUCCAAAUUGUCUCAAGUGUUCGUUUAGGAUGCUGUAAGAGUGAUUUCAUUGGCUACGUUGCGUAGCGUCUCAAAGUGAACUUCAGACGAUCAUAAAUGUAAGAUCGCACGACAAAAAUACUAAAGCUAAAGUAGUAAAAGCUAUUUUUAAAACUGUCUCGAUUAUCAUCACGUUGGCGAUUAUUUGAACAGUUGAUCGCAAAUUUGCAAAAUUACUGCAAAUUAUUGUAAAUUAAAUGGAAAUCAAUUAACAUAAUUUACGUAACAAUAUCAAUGAGCCGAGGUAUCAGUUAAAAUUAUUUAUAGCAAUAUAUUUCAAGCGACUGAAAUGGUAAUUGAUACUUAGCUGUUUGUGUUAAAUAAUUUUCCAAGGUCUCGCAGGAGUGACAUGUUCUGUGGCUACUUGACGAAGUAUUUUUACUCAUACUCUUAUUUCGAUCGGUGUCAAAUGUAAUACGUGAUGCGUGAGAGAAAUUUUAUAUCUGCAGGAAAUUGAGUUACGAGUCGAACCCUAGCUGCCAAUUCAGCAAAGCCGCUGUCUCACGCGUGAUUUUAUACGAAUUAAAUGAACUUUGACGAAGAAACUCCGUACGUGGGAAUACCGCGUUAUUGUCGAAUCGGGAACGCGAAAAGAAGACUUCUGGUGAAUCAGGGAUGGAAAAAGUAAAAUUAAAAGAAGACAAGAGCAGCUACGACGAGGAAAAAACAGAGAACACUGCGUUUUCUGAGCAGAAGAGAGGGUGAAGAGAACGAAUGCGACAUUCACUCCGCUAAUUCGGGCGAAACUGAGAGACUGAUGACAAAGGAAACACAUACAUACACACAAACACAACGGCAGACAUACAGACACGUGUCUCAAAACUGAAAAUGACCCAUUAUAUCCCAAAACGGGGAGAGCUUUUUUUCCUUUUACCGAUAUCGUUACCGUCGACGAAGACUCAAAGGAUUCACUAGGAUAGCAGCGUAGAAUACUUGCGACGUACAUACAGCGCUCGUUUUAGCCACUCGUUCGGGAGACAUCAACGACGCGAGUAUCUUCGCACUCGUACGACUCAUUGUAGGCAUUGUAAGACAGGUCGUCCAGUCACCGCGGCGACGCGGGUGCAGUUGAACAAUCGCGUAAUUAGUAAUUAAUGACGCGUGCGUCUGCGACGAAGGAACUGACGUCUCAGCGCGCACCUCAGUAUCAUUCAUCCAGAGAGAGAGAGAUUGACCGUGAGUUCACGAACUUCUUCAUCGUAACGAUGACAGGUUGCCAUCGGUGAGAUAUAACGGGUUGUAUUCUGCGCCUUAAGCAUUUCGUACGUUACACACACGCGACACACAGCGCGACGACGCGGCCGCGCCGGACUAUUGGUAGGGGGAGAGUUAGGGUUAGCGCGACGAGGAGAAUAAUAUUAAUUAUAGUAAUUAUACAUAUAAAAAAAAUAAUAAUAUUAAAAUAACAAUAAUAACAACAAUAACAAAGGAUAACGCUGUUACUCGGAUUGUAUAUAGUCCUGUAAUGUUAUAGUAUUAUAUUAGAGAGAGGAAGGCGAACAUAUAUAUUACAAUUAAUUAAACGAACACACUCACAAUACAUACACACGUGACACACACGACGAACCGAGGGCGCGCGGAAUCACCGAUAACAAUCACUCCGUACGGUCUAAACUAUUUAUAAACGGACGCUAAAAGAAACAAUAAACAAACAAAGAAAACGAAGCAGGACAGUCAAAGAGGCACUAACGAAUAAUCGCCGGCGGCCACGCCGGCGCUUCGCGCGACAACAUCCAAGAGCGUCCCUUUGUCGUUCGUCGCAUUUUCCCCGUGUGAAAAUUCCCCGUGCGAAAAUUCCUCCUGAUCGAUCUUCUCUCCUGUCUGUUCCUUUCGGCGCGACGUCUCGGUUUCGACAGCGCGCGCGUACACACACAUACACACACGUACACACGUGGACCGGCGCUUUGUAUCGCGAAGGGCACGAGUAAAUGAGGACUAAAGUCCGUGUUUUAUUGUUGAUCUCUCGGCGCGUCACGCGGCAAGAGAAUUCGCGACGAGAAAUCCCCGUGUUUGGUUUGAUAGCGCGCGACACUGCUACAAUUGCACGCAGGACUUACGCGCGAGACACCGAAUUGUUUUCGUGUUUUUUUCCCCCGCCGUGAUGUCGCCCGCUCGUAUUCCGCGGUGUCACAAUCCACAAUCUCUCAUUUCGUCAUUGAGUAACGCCAUAAUUUGUAGGGCUAUGUAGUUUGCUUAAUUGUCGCGCGAUAUUCGUCAUAUAAUUUUAUCGCCGCGCGAUCGGUUUAUCGGAUUUCCUUGAUAUCACCGAGUUAACGAACGUUAAGCGCACUGACAGAGGUUAUUUAUUAAACAUAUCAGUAUACGUUACUCUACAACCAGAAUUUAAUAUAUGUAUAUCUUAAGGUGUCGACUUCUUUCGUACAACUUAUUUUUAUAUUGCGGCUUCUUUGCGUGAAAACCGUACGUCCGGAGUUCUUAUUAUAUAUCGUCCCUCAUUGAGCCCGAGUAAAUUAUAAUUCUCUAGGAAAGGGACUUUACAUCCUUUUUGCCCUAUGCCCUUCGAAAUAGUAUUCGACUACAUUGUAAGUAGACGUAUGAUCUAAUGUAUUAUUGAUAUAACGUAUAGUAUAUACGGCGAAAUGACUUUCGAGACGCGCGAGCGCUCAUCGGUGAACGAAGGCUGACGGUGGAGAUGAAUCGUUGAUCGAUCGAUCGGCGCUGUACACUUUGCUUGGCAAAGUUCAUUAUAAAGUGAUCGGCACGCGGAUCGAUCCCAUCGAACGAGAAUAUCGUUGUACGUAACACACACACACACACACAUACACACACACCGGCAACGGCAUCGCCUUACUUCACACGAACCAAAACGAAAGACCGAGGGUGGUGUCCCCCCUCCCCCCGCCGCGAGAAUAAAAACGAUGUGCAUCAUGCAGAAACGCUUUUGUACAAUCUCGAGACCUUACUUGUUCUUUGUAUGUAAAAACGUAUGAUCGUCGAUCACACACAAACAAGGAUUUUGUAAAAAAAGGAAAAGAAAAAAAACGAAACGGGAGAAAUAUUACAUGUGUAGGGGCCCAGCGCGGUUGCGAACGGCGAUAAUUAAACUCGACUUAUCUCUACCGACGAAUGUGAUCCGGAGAAAACGUACCGAGGGUCAAUUGACAGAGAAAUCAUCGAAUGUGAAAUAUCGAAAAGAGACGAGUGACAUUAAUCAAAGAUUCGAGUCAAUUAGUUCUAAUAACGAAUAAUAAUUUCGACUAUAAAAAUUGUACCAAGUGUUGACCUCAUAUUGAAAAAUACAUCUGAGAAUUACGUCGACGUCUUCGGAGUAGAAUUCUAUUCAUUCAUCUAGAAAGGCGAUAUAUAUAUUUUUAGACAGAUUGAAUCUCUUUUUCCCUUUCUUCCCCCGCGCCCCUCUCUCUUUCUCUUUUCCUCCUCUAUCUAUCUAUUUAUCUAUAUCUAUCUAUUCACUCAUUUAUUUUUUUUCUCAUCUCUCUCUUUCUCCUUCUCUCAGACAGGUAGGUAGACCGAUAAUGAAAUCAGAUCAACAAUUAACAGAACCAGAACCGUAUCCGCGUAAAGUAUAUAGCGGAUAUUUCUAUGUAUAUAAUGUUCGUUUUUAUUAUUCUACAUCUCAUAGAACUUGAUCCCUUAAGUGGACACGCCGAACAUAAUAAUACACUUAACGAGUUUGGCUUCGAAUCGAUCGAAAAAAACUAAUAAGAUCAUUCUCCCGUGAGUCUUUCGAGACCUAUUGUCGAUCUCAAAACCAAUCGAUCUUCAACUAGCCUAACAUUUAAUAUUAUAAAAAGUGUCGAGCUCGUCUGCUUCGUGAGUCUGGUAAACGAAGACGGAUUUCUUCGCGAGGAACAAUCAGCUCCUGCACGGAAGAAACGCUCAAUUCAUAUAAUCAAUUUUUCGUUGUCUGGAGAUAGGAUACGGUAACUCAGUUGCAGGAAUAGAAGGAUUUCUAUUCAGAAGUGUAAUCCUUAUUUAGUCAAUCUUUUUCAGUUUUCUUAAUCGAGUUAUUUCAACGGUCGAAUGUUCAGGCGAAUACUUUCAGUCACUAUAACAGCGAAAUAUCGUUUCUCAACAUCGAGUUUUUGUCUGCUCCCCGUUCAGUUAUCGAGAUAUUUUGCCAUAUGUAUGCAAUCAGAAGAACACAUGUCGAGAGAGAUAAACCCGAUUUUCCUCCCCCGUCUCUCUCUCUCUCUCUCUCCCCUCCUUCUCUCUUUUUAUCUAUCUAUCUAUCUCUAUCUAUCUCUAUCUAUUUAUUUAUCUCUCCUCUUCUCUCUUUAUCCACUCAUUGACUCAUUCUUCUCUUUCUCUCUCACCUCGUUCGAUGAUAUCGAACGUUUGCGAUCGAGACUUCGAUCGUUUGCGGUCCGGUGGAAGCUUUAUGCGUGCCUAAUACGAUCAAUAUUAUUGUCACAAUGCAUGUACCGUCACUCAGUGACUGCGGAACAAUUUCCUGCGCGAUCGGUGACGUCACCUCGCUACCCCAUAGGCACUGACAGUAAUCGGAAGCGUCCGGAAAUCUCGUAGCUCUACUCGAUAUAUUCAAGCACGUCAGUGCGCGCAUGAUGACUACUAGUAGUGCGCGUGAUCAGUAACAGAGAUAAUUACUACAACGACUACUAGUAAGCGCUUGUUGUGAGAUGCGCGAGGGAGGUCCGUUGUCAGGAAGGCCGUUAAGCUCCUCGCGUCCAUCUCGUUUCUCACUUUGGUCUAACACUUUCGGAGAAAGAACAGACGGAGUCGUCAGUCCCGCCGCUCUAACUGCGAGCGGGGGAGGCGAGAUCGUAUUUCCUAAUAUACAGCGAGAGACUACUUAGUAGUGGUUGGCAUUAUCGUCACUGCCGGGUCUAAUAUCGCGGCUUGUCGUGUUAGAUUACGUUAGAACACCGAUCAGGGUACAAGACGAUCGUCGUCUCCUCGGAGAAAAGGUACCGUCUCGGCGAGACACAGUGUCGCCACUUGUCCCGAAGAUCAGCCCCGGAAUUUCGUCGGGGACUUAUAUCAUCAGCACUGAUUGUGAAAGUGAUAUGCGAGAGGGUGCAAAGCCGUUCGUUGACAUGCGACAUGAAUUUCGCUCGUAACAAUUAGAAAGUUAUCGAUAUGUACUACUAUUUCACACGCUCACGGAUCGAGAUACAGGGGGAAUUUUCUCCGAGGAGACAUAAAAUGCGAAAACGAAGUUAAGCAGUGCUACUAACGUUACUAGUAUACUACUCUAUUCUGUAUUAUAUUCGAACAUGUGUCGUUGCCAUUUUCGUACGAUCGUCGGUCGCGACGUCAUCUAUAGUCGUGGUUGUCGUGGAUAAUGGUAUAAAUAAAACCGAGGCGGAGAAAUAUUCAGAGAGAAACUGUGCGUUGUGCCACCCUUACAUAGAUAUACCCUAUCUCGGUGAUAUGAUGUAGGUACU